GAGAGCAAGAAGGAGAAAGGGAAGGAGAAAGAGGAGAACGGGAAGGAGAAGGGGGAGGAGAACGAGAACAAGAAGGAGAACGGGAGGAAGAAAGAGGAAAACGAGAUGGAGAAGGGGAAAGAGAAGGGGAAGGAGAAGGAGAUAGAGCAGAAGAAGGAGAGGAAGAAGAAAAAGAAAAAGACUUAG